CCCCCCCCCCACGCCGCCGCCGCCGCCGCCCCGCGCAAGCGCAUACACAAGAUAAAGCGCAGGGUCGCUUCGAACUCUUCAUCCUCGUCGUCUUUCUCACUCAGACUCUGACUCGGGCGCGGUCGUCUAGCCAGCGGCGGCUAUCGUAGCAGCGAAGGCGAAAACAGCACCACAAUCAUCCGACUCUUCAGACCCUUCGGAAGAAUCUUCGUCCUCUGCAGAAACAGUGUCCGACUCUGACCCCAGCAGCGCUGCAGAAGACGUGCCUGCGCAAGCCGCUUCUGGCGUACCUCGACCCUCUGCCUCACGCCGAUCACCUUCCCCGCCGCUCCCCUCCACCGAGAUACCCACCUUCCUCCCAAAAAAGACCGCUCCUAACGGUCAAGAGAAGGAGCAGGAGCUGCGAGACAAGUUCCGCAAGUUCUGGAUGUCCGCGGUCGUGGAUGGGUUCAAAGACGACUUGGAGGAAAUCCGCAAGGAGCCAAACCUUACUACGCCGAAGCUGAGCUUGUUGAUCGAGUCCCUCGCAUCCGGCGCAGACGUGUUCGCCAUGUCUGGGAAGGGGGACGUCGGCGAGAUGGCUAUGGUGGUCGACUGAUCGUCCCAUCCAUAUCGGAGCUUGGGCCAAUCGGCAACAGCCCGCUGUUGCCGUCGCUCUUGACCUCGCUGCCAUAGCACGCCAAAAGAACCCCGGACAGGCCAGGUUCGACUGUGGAUAAGUGUUGCAAGACGAGGCGCUUCGCCACAUUCAUCGGACGCAUGUUGUGUGCGCACUGCCGCAGCGAUGCAGCAGUCCGCCGCGUCACUUGGUUAUAGUCGUCACUGUAACAUUGUUGUGGAAUAGGAGCGAAUGUUGCGCGAGACCAAUUACGCAGUGUCUUCGCAGUGUCGCAAUGUACGGCCCCUCCCUCUGUGCCGUCCCUUUCAGCCCUGCGGCUUACGCGCGAACCAUAUGCACCAUUGAUUACUCGCCGUACAUCUUGGGCUAUCUCACCCUACGUCGAUUGGCUGUAUGAUAUUAUGUGCAUGUAUAUGCCGACCUUUCAAUGGGAUCGUUUUCUUUGUC